AUGGGGCGUCGAAUACAAAUCUGUUUCCACCCUUCCACCUCUCUUCGUCGGAUCCUCUCUGACAAGCUGAUACGUCACGUUCACUCGUCAUCAUUGCCGUUGCAGACUACAUUGCGACCCGAUACCGAAGACCUCGAGGUUAUGAAGUCGGGUCACCUGUUACCAUUCGCGGCUGCCGCUGCUUCGGCUCUCGCUCUGCCUGAUAGUAUACCGGAGCAGUCGACAUUACGGAUCCAGAAUGUGAGCUGGAAAAAUUCGGACUGGGAUAAAGUGCGCACAUGGGGUGAUGAUCGGUCGUCACUCGGGGAGGUGGUUGGCGCAGUCGGCGGGAUAUUUUCCCAAGCUGCCGGGGCCAUGGCCCGGGCUGGAAGACGAGUGAUGGGGCAUGCCCACGAUGCCGAGGAUAUCGAGACUGCUCUUGUUGUACCGGCUCUACAGCACACAACAGAAGACGACUUGAAGCCGAUCCAAGAAGAUGGCAAUGGCGGUGUAUCAGACAAGGAAGGCAAGAGUCUCCUGACGGUGAUCAAGGAAAGCAGCAUCCAAGCUGAAUAUUUCACGACACUCCUCGACUCAUACGACAAAGUCCGCGAGAUGCUUGUUGGCAACAACAAGCAGGGGCAAGCUGAACACCUACAAUUCACGGUCUUUGUACCCACGGACGAGGCUUUUCGGAAGCUGGAAGGGUUCGAACGGAGCCGCGCGGAGCUGCUGGGCGAGAUUCUCGAGUACCAUGUUCUUCCAGGGAGGUAUACUGCCGAGGAUCUCCGUGGGAUGCGGACGGCGCCGACAGUUCUCGAACAAGGUGGAGAGUUGGGCGAGGCGGUGGUGGGUGGCGACCGGCGGCGGCGCCAGAGGGUGAGGAUCGCGGACGGGCCUGGGGGGGUUGAGGUGAACUUUUACGGCAUGGUCCUUGCUUCCGAAUCUAGGGAAAGCAGGAAUGGUGUCGUUCACUUUAUCGACAACGUCUUGAUUGCGCCGCCGCGGCACGACGUCCUCGUUGACGCGCUGCCGGAGGAUAGGCUGGGGAACUUUUCGCGGGCGAUGAGACGGAGCGGCCUGAGCGAGGAGCUGUACCGCUGGCGAGCAGUAGCGGCAGAAGGAGAAGAACCUGGACGAGGACUCACGGUAUUCGCGCCAUCAAACGAUGCGUGGGCUAAGCUGGGCGAGGAAGCCUUGGAGUUCUUCUUUUCCUCCCGUGAUGGGGAGGCGUUUCUGAAGGCUUUGGUGAGGUAUCAUUUUGUCGCGGAGGUACUGUACACGGACUCUUUCGACGUCGAGCAGGAAGAGAAGAAGAUGAAGAAGAAGCAGAAGGGGAAGGAGGGAAAUGAAGGCGGAGAGGACGACAUGGGAGUGGGGCGGGUGCGACGGGAGGUUCGGACUCUGCUCGACGGAGCAAGGGUCUCGGUCUCGAUCUCGGUCGGGGCUGCAACUACUGCCACGGGCGGGCGGCCGCCGCUGCUUGGGGGGACGGCGGCGGCGGCGGAGGUGAGGGUGAAUGGGGCGGUGGUAUCAACGAGAGACGUGCCGGUCAGGGAUGGUGUCGUGCACAUCUUGGACGAAGUUCUCCUCCCAUCGCCGCCGUCGCCGUCAUCACCGUUGUCCAAGGAAACUGAUAUUACCGCAAAGAAGAGUAGCGGCGGCGGGGCGAGGAUCGGGGUAGGGGAGCUCAAGAGGCGGCUGGUCCGCUUUGUGGAGGCGGGAGAGGGUGCGCGGGACGAAGAGUUGUAG